AAGUAUAUAGCCAAUCCACCGCUUCGCCACGAAGCUUGUGUGCUCCUCAGGCUAGAUGGUCAUCCUGGGAUUCCAAAGGUCUAUGCCUUAGGUCGAUCGAAGUUCCACGAAUACAUUGCCAUACAGUUGCUAGGAAAGACUCUCGAGACGUUUGGGUCGGUCACCGUAGUGAGAGAUUUGGCGGCCCUUACCUGUCAGAUGUUGAAAAUAGCGAAACACGUCCACUCCUGCAACCUUAUCCACGGCGACAUCAAACCACAGAAUUUCGUUUUCGGGCGCGAAGAAGUCGACCAGCUCUACUUGAUUGACUAUGGGCUAGCAACAUGGCAUACCUCUCCGAGGACGAAUGACCAUGUUGAAUCGCGCAAUUUGAGGAGGCUACAGGGCACUCCGGAGUACUGCAGCAUCAGAAUGCAUCUUCACAAAUCUCCAUCACGGGCAGACGACAUGGAAUCACUGGCGUACACCAUCAUUCACAUCCUACUCGGCACCCUUCCGUGGGACAGUUUAGAGAUCGACCGCGACAUCUGCGUUUUGAAACAGCUUUGGUCCGGACCCGACCUCUGCGGUAGUUAUCCCGCUCUAUUCGGCGAAUUCCUCGACGAUGCUCGAAACCUGCAGUUUCAGGAACAGCCGAAUUACGACUUAUGGAUAGAACGUUUC